AUGGAGGAGAAGGCGGCCAAGGAGGAGGGCGAGGCCGAGAUCCAGGAGCUGCACGGGCCCGAGCACUGGUUCAGCAAGUGGGAGCGGCAGUGCCUGGAGGAGGCCGAGCAGGACGACGGCGCGCUGCCGCCCGAGCUGCGCGACGACGACGAGGCCGCCGCCGCCGCCGCCGCCUCGCCGCCGCAGCCCGAGCACAAGCAGCAGAAGCUCUGGCACCUCUUCCAGAACUCCGCCACCGCCGUGGCCCAGCUCUACAAGGACCGAGUCUGCCAGCAGCCGGGCCUCUCUCUCUGGGUCCCCUUCCAGAACGCAGCCACGGCCGUCACCAACCUCUACAAAGAAAGCGUGGAUGCCCACCAGCGGAGUUUCGAUGUAGGGAUCCAUAUUGGCUACCAGCGCCGUAAUAAGGACGUGUUGGCUUGGGUUAAAAAACGCAGAAGAACUAUUCGCCGAGAAGACUUAAUCAGCUUCCUGUGUGGGAAAGCUCCUCCGCCACGAAACUCUCGAGCUCCCCCACGACUGACUGUAGUAUCCCCCAACCGAGCGACUUCGGCAGAAACGAGCUCUUCCGUCGAGGCGGACUUGCAGCCCUUCCGGGAAGCCAUCGCUCUCCAUGGUCUGAGCGGAGCGAUGGCCAGCAUCAGCGUCCGUUCGAGCACCCCGGGGUCGCCCACCCACGUGAGCAGCGGCUCCACUGGUAGCCGGCGGAGAAACGGACUCCAUGACGUUGACUUGAACACUUUCAUAUCCGAAGAAAUGGCGCUCCACUUGGACAAUGGUGGAACUAGAAAGCGUACCUCAGCCCAGUGCGGAGACGGCAUUACGGACUCCCCAACCCAUAAACGCAAUCGUAUGAUCUAAACGGCAGAGCCCCCUUGGCCCUUCCCCACCCCA